AUGGUGGGUAACGAAGGCGGAUCGAAGAUCAGCGGUUCUGAUGGCUCUCGGCGACCCAAAUUCUCUUUUUACUUGUUAUGGUUCAUAUCUCAGUUCAAAUACGAAAUAGGAACUAAAAUCAAUCAAUCCGUCGAUCGGUUUUCGAGCAAUGCUAUGAUUCACCCGUGCAACGUCGAAGAUGCACCAGGGCUCGUUGGGAAGAUGAAAGGGUGCGGUUCUUUCACUGUGAGAAAUAUGCAGAGAGAGAAGAUGAUCAACAUGUUCAACAUCCUUCCCAAUUCCAUUCUCACAAUCUUGGAGCUUUUGCCAGAUCCUCCGUGGGGUGCAAAAGGGCCGCCGCAAUUUGGGGCUGACGGUCGCAGAAUGGAGAUCGGGUCGCCUUCUAAUGUGAGGCAUGUGGCCCAUGUUACCUUCGACAGGUUUACUGGCUUUCUCGGGCUGCCGGUUGAGUUCGAGCCCGAAAAGUUCCUAGGAGGCCUCCUAGCGCAAGCCGAGGCGAGUAAAACUCUUUCCGCAAGAAGAAUACGCCCUGUGUGGCAGCUAAUGGUUCAGGCGUAA